UUGAGAUAGCCAGUUCAUUUGCCUGGAUUCAUUGCCGGAGAAGCAGCUGCUAACCACCUUCCAUCAGCUGGAGAAAAGGAGAAUCACUUUUUGGAAGAAACACAGUCUUGAUAGACGGUAUAAAAGACCAGCUCCUCCAAGCACAGGAUUUCCCCUGGUUGCCACAGAAGCCCAAGGCGCUUGGCAGCGAUGCAGGUCUUUCUCCCUCUCCCAGUCCUCCUGGCCUCCCUGGCCUUGUUCCAGGCUGCAGCAUCAGCUACAAAAGCACAGACCCCCAGCACUGCUGCCAUCUCUGAUGCUGUGAAUCAGGCCAAGGUCCAGGUCAACAAGGCCUUCCUGGAUUCCCGGACCAGGCUAAAGACUGCCAUGAGCACUGAGGCGCCCACCACCCGACAACUCUCCGAAUAUCUCAAGCAUGCCAAGGGCCGGACCCGCACGGCCAUCCGCAACGGGCAGGUGUGGGAGGAGUCCUUAAAGAGACUGCGGCAGAAAGCCACCCAGACCAACGUCACAGACCCCAGCCUGGACCUGACUGCGCUUUCUUGGGAGGUAGGCUGUGAUGCACCAGUUCCUAUGGUGAAAUGUGAUGAGAACAGUCCUUACCGCACCAUCACGGGAGACUGUAAUAACAGGAGGAACCCAGCUCUGGGCGCCGCCAACAGGGCGCUGGCGCGCUGGCUGCCGGCAGAGUAUGAGGAUGGGCUCUCCCUGCCCUUCGGCUGGACGCCGGGGAAGACGCGGAACGGCUUCCCUGUCCCGCUGGCCCGUGAGGUAUCCAACAAGAUUGCCGGCUACCUGAAUGAGGAGGAUGUUCUGGACCAAAACAGGUCUCUGCUCUUCAUGCAGUGGGGUCAAGUGGUGGACCACGACCUGGACUUUGCCCCCGACACAGAGCUGGGGAGCAGCGAGUACUCCAAAGCACAGUGCGAUGAGUACUGUAUCCAGGGAGACAACUGUUUUCCCAUCAUGUUCCCGCGCAAUGACGAGAAGGUGAGGACGCAAGGGAAAUGCAUGCCUUUCUUCCGAGCUGGGUUUGUCUGCCCCUCUCCGCCUUACCAGUCCUUGGCCCGAGAGCAGAUCAACGCUCUGACCUCCUUCCUGGAUGCCAGCUUAGUGUACGGCCCUGAGCCCAGCCUGGCCAGGCGCCUCCGUGACCUCAGCAGCCCCCUGGGCCUCCUGGCCGUCAACCAGGAGGCCUGGGACCACGGGCUGGCCUACCCACCCUUUGACAGCAAGAAGCCGAGCCCCUGCGAGUUCAUCAACACCACCGCCCGCGUGCCCUGCUUCCUGGCAGGAGAUUCCCGAGCCUCAGAGCAGAUCCUGCUGGCCACUUCCCACACCCUCCUUCUCCGAGAGCACAACCGGCUGGCCAGAGAACUAAAGAGACUCAACCCUCAGUGGGAUGGAGAGAAGCUCUACCAGGAAGCCCGGAAAAUCCUGGGAGCCUUCAUACAGAUCAUCACCUUUCGGGACUACCUACCCAUUGUGCUGGGUGAUGAGAUGGAGAAGUGGAUCCCUCCAUACCAAGGCUAUAACCAAUCUGUGGAUCCCCGAAUUUCCAAUGUCUUCACCUUCGCCUUCCGCUUUGGCCACUUGGAGGUCCCCGCCACCAUGUCCCGCCUGGAUGAGAAUUACCAGCCAUGGGGUCCGGAAGCAGAGCUCCCCCUGCACACCCUCUUCUUCAACACCUGGAGGAUAGUUAAAGAUGGUGGAAUUGACCCUCUGGUGCGGGGCCUGCUGGCCAAGAAGUCCAAGCUUAUGAAUCAGGAUAAAAUGAUGACGGGCGAGCUGCGCAACAAGCUUUUCCAGCCCACUCACAAGAUCCAUGGCUUUGACCUGGCUGCCAUCAACAUACAGCGUGGCCGGGACCAUGGGAUGCCUGGAUACAACUCCUGGAGAGGCUUCUGUGACCUCUCACAGCCCCAGACGUUGGAGGAGCUACGUGCUGUGCUAAAGAACGAGAAGCUGGCUAAGAAGUUACUGGAUCUCUACGGGACCCCUGACAACAUCGACAUCUGGAUAGGGGGCACUGCCGAGCCCCUGGUGGAAAGGGGCAGGGUGGGGCCUCUCCUGGCCUGUCUCCUGGGGAGGCAGUUCCAGCAGAUCCGCGAUGGGGACAGGUUCUGGUGGGAGAACCCUGGCGUCUUCACAGAGAAGCAGCGGAAUGCUCUGCAGAAAAUGUCCUUCUCACGCCUCGUCUGUGACAACACCCACAUCACCAAGGUCCCACUGCACCCCUUCCAGGCCAACAGCUACCCCCACGGCUUCGUGGAUUGCUCAGCCAUUGAUAAGCUGGACCUCUCGCCCUGGGCCUCAGUGGAGGAUUAGGGGCUGGACACCAUGCCACUCCCCCCCACACACCCCCGGUGUGUGCAGUAAACCUCCCUUUGGUCCGUGAUGCCAUUUCAAGCAAGUUCAGCGACCCGGCCCCUGAGAGCUCCAUACCCAGUCCCAGGCCUUCUUUCCCAGUUCUCUCUACACCCCGCAAGAUGCAUAUCUCACUCAAGCCCCCCACCAGCCACCUUGACCUCUCAGCUCUUCCAGCCAAAUCCCACUGCUUCCACCCCCAUCUUCUCUGCCUGCAGAAGUCCUCUGUUCUGUCAAGACUCAGACCCUCUGAGAGGCCUUCCUGUCCAGCUUGCGGGGUGUCACCCAUUCUCUCCCCUGAACAAGUCUUGGCUGAGGCCGAGGCCUUCACACCCUUAUCUCUCCUCCCCUGGAACUAGAUGAUAAAAUCCUUGAGCCAAGGC